AUGUCGUCGUUGUUUGCGCUUCUCCAGUCGCAAUCAACGCCCUUGCAGACCCGGAAGGGUCUCAUAAUACUAGGCCUUCAGAAUGACUUUGUCUUGCCAGAUGGGAAGCUGCCAGUCGAUGACACUGGAUACCUAGAUCGAAUCAUCCAACUGGUCCCUGCGUUCCGCGAGCACGGUGACCUCAUCUGGGUUCGUUCCGAGUUCGAAGGCAGCAGACAGGUCAACGGCUUCGACACGCCUGGCGAUACCGUUGUUGCUGGAAAGUCGUAUGGCACCGAGGCAGAGUCGUCGCCGUCGAGCGAUCACUGCCCAGUGCCGACCAAGAAGUUUAAGGUAGCACCAGAUUUCUACACAGAGGGUUGGGCUCUUAAAGCUGACCAGCCCAAGUCUACGGCCAAAUCAAAGGCGAAAUCUACUGCUACCUUGCCAGAGCCCAAGGACGGAGACGACGAUGAAGAGCUCUUCCUGACACAGACCAACAAGAGGGAGCCGUGCUGUGUUCGUGGAACCCGUGGAGCAGAGUUCGCGGACAAGGUCAAACCCUUGAUCGAUCCCAAGGACUUACAGGUCGUCAAGAGUCACUACUCAGCCUUUGGAGCUACCUCUUUGCUGUUGACGCUUCGGUCCAAACUCAUCACAGAGCUUUACGUAUGUGGUAACAUGACAAAUCUGUCUGUGUACGCGACUGCCAUGGACGCCGCUCGGUACGGCAUCCAAAUCACCUUGAUCACAGACUGCCUGGGCUACAGGAAGCAGGACAGACAUGACCUGGCAAUCAAGCAGCUUCGCGAGAUUGUAUCUGCGGAGGUUAUCAAAUGCGAGAAGGUCAUCGAUGAGCUUCAAAAUCCAACAGAGCAGCAGGAGUAUAGUGAUGAAGACGACGAAGACGACGAAGACGACGUCGACGAAGACGAGGACGAGGACGAGGAGGAAGACGAGGACGAGGAUGACAGCGAUGUCGACAGUGAAGAGAGCGACGGAGAGUUCUCCCUUCCCACCGUACGUUCAACCCGGCGACUAGACCCUCCAAUUGAGCUUCCGUUCCGCAGAGCUGAUGGUGGAUUGGUAGGCCGGAUCUCUUCCUCUCAGUUUACGCAACCUACGAGCUCUCAACCUCACCGUCGCAGCCUCUCAGGCAAACAGCCAGCACCUCGAAGCUUCCAUGGACCGAGAGAUGAGCUUGUCCAGCCCCACCUCUACUCAGCCUCGAGUCACCGCCGGUUAGGUGUUCUCGACUCGCCUGACUCACCACCGAAGUACGACAAGCCGUGGCUUCAACUCUUAGCACCCCCUCCCGUUGCUGGGACAUCUGAUCCUACUUCUCAUAGCAGGCCAACACACCGUGGACUCGCUGCGAUGGCUGGUCUUGCUGGACUAUCACAGUCUACUAUCAAAGAAUACGAGACAAUGAUGAGGAAGGCGCAAGAAGAACAGAGAUUGGCGGAUGGUGGGCGAGUAAAGAGCAAGCCACUGUUUGGCGAGAACACACAGGACGAAAGCGCUGGCUCUCGAAUCUCAUACGACCUCCUUCCACCAGAUCUUGCCGAAACGAUCUUCGACAAGCUAAAGGGCGAAGUCAACUGGCAGUCAAUGUACCACCAGACCGGCGAGGUUCCACGCUUGGUCUGCUGUCAAGGGACGGUUGACGACGAUGGAAGCAUGCCAGUGUACCGACAUCCUGCUGAUCAAACGAUUCCUCUACAGACCUGGACGCGAACGGUUGACUGGGUCAGGAAGGCAGCAGAGGAGAAAGUCGGCCAUUCUCUUAAUCAUGUCCUGAUCCAACUCUACCGCAGCGGCAACGAUCUCAUCUCAGAGCACUCCGACAAGACGCUGGACAUUGCUGCCGGCAGCAGUAUCGUUAAUGUGUCUUUUGGAGCGCAAAGAACGAUGCGCCUGAGAACGAAACGAGGAGCUCUCAAAGGCGAAGCAGAUCCACUAGCCAGGACAACACACCGCGUCCCGAUGCCACACAACUCCAUGAUCACCAUGUCGCUAAAGACGAACGCAAAGUUCCUCCACGGAAUCAAUGCCGACAAGCGUCCCUUAUGCGAGCUUACUGACGCCGAGAAGGCAUACAACUUCCAGCGAAUCAGUUUGACGUUUCGAAAUAUCGCGACUUUCCUCGACGGCGACUCCAAGAUGAUCUGGGGUCAGGGAGCGACCGGGAAGACGAAAGAUGAUGCGAGGCUUGUCAUCAAUGGGAAUCCUGAACAAAGCGAGAGGAUGGUGCGGGCUUUUGGGGCUGAGAACGCGGCGAGUACGAUUGAUUGGGAGGAGAUUUAUGGGGAGGGGUUUGAUGUUCUGCAUCUGAAGUGA